AGUCUUCUCUUGUGAGCGGUAGUGUCGGGACGCAUCUGGGCUCCUCCGACUCCCCGCGUCAAGAUACAAGUGAGAGCAAACAAAAGGAACAAACUUUAAAGUUGGGAAGUGAGUAGACCUUAUACAAGACUAACCAACCCGGCCAAACCAACGUACUUGGUGAGGAUAAUACAAGUGACGAGACCAACGUCUGGCACCGUGAGUGUGAGUGUGUGGGGCCGCACUGAAGGCUCACUUCCCUGGCCUGCACACCACGGCUGGCUGAGGACACUGUCAACACGGCAUCGUGGUUAGAGCAAGUGUGCAGGUGUGGCCAGACCCAGCAACAAUGACGCAUCAAUAAGCUGACAUUGUACUACCUGUAGCACCACCAUCACCAGAAGCACCGACACUUGUAACACAGCCACCUGUAUCACCGCACUUGUAGCCCCACCACCUGUAGCACAAACAUCUGUAGCUCCAUCACCUGUAUCAUCAAACUUUUAGCUCCACCUGUAGCUCCACCACCUGCAGCACCAUCACGACCUAUAGCACCACAUCCACCAGCUGCAGCAUCAAAACACAGCCAUCAGCACCAUCACCAACCCAAGUGUCACCACCAUUACCAUAUCUGCAGCACCAUCAUUUGAAGCACCAUCAACGCCAACUGCAAUACUUCCCACUGUCACCUCCAGCUUCAACACCAGUAACACACCCGCAGCUGCCCCAUCACCACUAAUGCCACCAACAUUACCAUACCCGCAGUUCCUCCAUCACCCUUAAUGCCACCACCAUUACCACACAUUCACGACCACCACCCCUAGAGCCACUACCACUACCACGCCUGCGGCCCCACCACCACCCACACCGUCACUAUGGAGUUUGGUCUGGACGCGUCUACGCUACAACUGUGUGCUCAGGCCAGAGGCCGGGUUGCAGGCUGCCCGACGCACCUCACCGUCUCCAGCUACAGAGACCUGCUGCACCAGCUCCCUCACUCCUCCCAGCCGGAGCAGGCUCGUGGCACAGCCCUCUAUGUUACGGCAGUUGUGGUGUUUUAUGUAGCACUGUUGCUGGUGUUGGUGGGGGGAGGGCUGAAGCGACGAGUCACCCGCUCCUCGACGACUUCUGGCCGUCGACACAUUCUCACCUACUCUCCCACCACCCGCAUCGCCAAGCCUGCCCUGGCCGACCACCACCCACAACCAGAGGCAUCGGCCACUCAAGUUUAGUGCGUCCAACCUCAAUCUGUGAGGCAUUAUCAACUUGGGCGAAUUGCAUCCACCUACAGCCAGAGGGAUAGCCACUACGGCCGUAGGGCUUCCACCCAUGUCCACAGGCAUAGCCACCUUGGGCGCAGUGCGUCCACCCACGUCCAGAGGCAUGUCCAUAUUUGGCGUAGGGCAUCCACCCAUAACCUGAGGCAUGGGCCACUCCAAUAGUGUGCUCUGGCCAAUUACCUUCCACAACAAGAGGAAUUGACCAUAAACAUGCUGAACUACGAAGGCAUCAUGGCCAGCAUAUAUAUAAUAAUAUCAGUGUGUCUAUACCCUAACUUCUCCCAUCGUUAUUUCCGGUGUAGGUAAUCAUGCAGACGAAUGUAAGAAGCCUUAGUUUUACUUUUAAAUAAUCCCUAUUUUAAAAUGUUCCCUUUAAUUUUAGCACACUGGUGAUGCUAAACAUGUAAUUGUUUUAUUUCUGUACAUUUUAGGACACCGUCGAUGGUGAGGACAAUGUAGAUCCUUAAUGACCUCAAACUGGGUCUUAACGUUUUUGUGUAGUAACGUACAUAUCAACCAUCUCCAAGAUAAGUAUAUAUACUAGUUAUAUAUAUAUGUAUAUAUA